GGUGGCCGGUCCCGCUGGCGCUGCCGGGCAGGAUGGGGCCGCCGGGGAGAUGAGCGGGGGGCGGCGGCGGGGGGCAGCGGCGCGGUCGGAGCUCACCGCCGCGGCAUUCCGCAUGGACCUCGAGGCGGCCGGCUGCCGGGGCGAUGGGGCAAGUCCUGGGAUUCGCCCACUGCAAAGAGUCUCCCUCUACUGCCUCUACCACACCUGACUCCAUGGAUGGGGCCAACGAGGAGUCUGACUUCCCUGAACUGCAGACAGCGCGAGAGUUUUCGGAGGAGGAGGAGGAGGAGGAGGAGGAGGAGGAGGGCUCUGUGGAGUGGGGGACGCCGCGGGAGCUGACUUUUUCCUAUAUCACCAUUGCUACCCCCUCUGGCAGCAGCCCCGGUUUAGCCGAACAGGGCCAUCGGGGUAGACGCGACUCCCAGACCCGCCGGACACGGGCACCGCUGCCCCACACUGAGACCUGUGAAACUUUUGCACCCAUGCUGGGGGACAGUUUGGAGAACAUUCCCAGCCUCUGCCCAUCUCCGGAGGGAGAGGUGGCCCCAUCUUCAGACAGUGGCCAAGGACUAGAUUCCUAUCUAUUGGACUGGGAUGCCCGCGUGGGCUGUGGCAGUGAGCCGGAUGCAGCGGAGGGUGAGGAACACGCCUCUCCACGUCCUACACCCCCAUUGCCAGCAGUGGAGACGGAGGCGGGUAGCAGCACAGCUUGCUCAGGAACAGAUAAUCCCAGAGAGGACCUCUCCCUGCCUGCUGCCUUAGCAUCCCAAUCUGAAGCAGGCACCUCCUGUGGUGCUGACAGCCCCCAAGACCGAGCACGGACCUCAGCAGAGUUCUGCCAACCACCCCCACCUGAGGAAGAGGAAGAGGAAGAGGAAGAGGGGCCAGGCCAGGAACCCCAUUCUGAGCAGCCUCAUGUUGAACCAGGCUCAGGCCAGUCUGAGAACAUUCUGAAUAUCAUAGUGGCCGACUUGGUGUAUUGGCGGGACACCCGCAGAUCGGCGUUGGUGUUCACAGCCCUGAUGGUGGCCCUGCUGUGCCUGCUCCACUUCAGCAUCAUCAGCGUGGCCUCCUACCUCUCCUUGGCUGCCCUCAGCGUCACCGUCUCUCUCAGAGGUUACAGCAAACUGCUGCAGCUUGUUCGCCGGGGAGACGGGCACCAUCCCUUCCAGGCCCAGCUGGAUGCUGACUUUGGGCUAUCAAAAGAACAGCUGGAGCGACUGACCGAGCGGGUCGUGCAUCAUGUCACCUCGGGCACAAAGACCCUGCAGCGCCUUUUCCUGGUAGACGACAUGGUGGAGUCCCUCAAGGCACAGAUUGACCAGUAUGUAGGGCUGGUGAGGAAUCAGUUGAGUAACCUCAGAGCAAAGAUGCUGGCCAAAUUGCCAACAGCAAAAGCGAAAGCAGAAUGAGGGACAUCACUUCUCUCCCCUGCACACCCAGAUGCAAACGCACACACCUGCUUUGUCCCUUUUCCCCCCAGCCAUUGCAAUAGCGACCCUUCCUAUCCAAAUGUACCCCCCCAUUCUCCUUGGCCUGGAUGGCAUAGGCAGCGGCUGGCUUUCAUAGAGCUCCCCUCUGCCCUGGAGAACGCUUGCAAGGGGUGGGGGGGCGAAAGGGGCAUGGUCCCUUCGUGUCUCAGCACUGCAGCCUGCAGAGGCUGCUUGGUGUGGGAUGACGCUGGCUAAGCGAAGCUGCUAUGGAACUUCUUCAGUCCCUCCUUCCAGCAAGUGGCUUUGGGGAGGGGGCGGUCUCGAGAGAGGCUCCUGCCCCCAGGCCCACAUCCAGGGAUUGUCAACCCAGAGCCAUGGGGCUAGUAGCCCACGGCCCCUCCACAUCCCGGCAACCUCCUCCUGCCUGCCUACAGUAUCAGUUCCGGGUUCCAAGUUGGCGCUGGCCAACCUGGAGCAAGCCUGCUUUCCUUUGGGGGGGGGCGCUCGGGCUUGGGCAGGACCACCUCAUCCCCUUUGCCCCCUUCUGUGGGAUGUUGUUGCUGUCACCCCCCGCCCCUCAUCACGUGCCCGGCUGUGGCUUGGCUAAUCGGGUGGUGGGUCUGGUGCAGCCAGUUCUUUAACUCUGCCUGAAUAUUUACACUUUAAUAAAAACAGUUGUGGGGAAAAAAAAAAGUUCGCAUGACGCUUGGUCUUCCGAGUCUUCACUCGUGGACGCGUUGUCCG